UAGAGGUGGUGGUGGAAGCUUGACCCAGUGAGCGGUCCAAAUUUAAGGUGCCCUGUCCCACGUGGCAAGUUUUGGACUUGAAACUGAAGAUAACAUUAUCUUGUUGGCCCAAUGACCUUUCAGGAUUUGUUUGGAGGAUGUUGCUGCAAUAUCGAAAUAUUAUUCGAACUAUUGUUAUAUUUUCUCAAUCAUUGUGGUGGUAUUAUUUAGUUGGAAAAUUUGGUAUUCUUGGUUAAUUAAGGAUUCUGCACUACAAUUUGACUGUUAUACUUGCCCAUUUAACACAGGGACUUGAUGGUUGUCUAACUCUGGGGUAGCUGCUAUUUUUAUAGCCGUGUUGCUGGCUGUGGUACAUUACAGACUUCGAUGAAUCCAACCGCAAAAGAGUUAAAGACGGCAAUUGCUUGGCACUCCGGUUUUGGGUAUACAUACACUCCAAUUUUCAUUCAAUUAGACGGGUUAAUCUACAAUUUGGACCUGGACCAGUAUUCUCUCAAGUGGACUUGGGCCCAUUUACGCUUAUGCCUCCAAGACAUGAGGAAUUCGUCGGGGAAAUGUUUGACCAUAGCCAUGAUUUUGCAGCCCUUGCUUCAGAGACACUUCUGUAAGUUUUAAAAUCAACAAGUUGGGCAGGUAAUUUCAAUCACCAAGCACACUCACUCACUGUGGUUAGAACCGGAUAGACCCUCUCGAGUCUCAGCUCAACUUUAGCAUUUUCUUUUGAACUAUUUGUCUUACGCAGUUUCACUCAUCCCACUCCAGAACUAUUUGUCUAACGCAGUUUUUCAUUCAUCCCUCUCCUGCAACCCAUUGAUUCUAUUGAUCCAGUCCUUGUAGAAGAAUCUAAAUAGUGGUGU